AUGUAUUGUUUCAAAUGUCGGAUCAGUACAGAUACUACCGACAUAUCUCAGAUUUUGAGCAUUAACAACAAGCAGUUGUUGAGAGGAAAAUGUGUAGUAUGCAAAACGAAAAAAUGCAAAAUAAUUCCCAAUUCAAAAAGUGGAGGUACUUUAAAAUCCAUCAAACCCUCUACCAAAGAAACUAAAAAAUCGGAAAUCAAACUAGACGAUGCAUAUUACAACCCUGAAACUGGAUUUUGUGGAAUCAAUGAACUACAAAGAAAAACUAAAAAGCCAAUUGAAGAAGUAAAGCGAUUUCUGAACGAACAAGACGUCUACACUCUUCAUAAACCAGCUCGUAAAAAUUUCAAAUCUGAAAGAGUUUAUGUUCACAAUAUUGAUGAGCAAUGGCAAUCAGAUCUUGUUGAAAUGAUACCGUAUGCAGAAGAGAACAACGAUUUCAAAUAUCUUCUCACUGUCAUAGACUGUUUCAGUAAGUAUGCCUGGGUUAUCCCUCUGAAAACAAAGACUGGAAAAGAAACUGCAAGCGCUCUACAAACGAUUUUCAAACACAGAAAACCUCAAAAAAUGCAGACUGAUAAUGGUAAAGAGUACUACAACAAAGAAAUGAAACUACUAUUCAAAGAAUCAGAUAUUCGCCAUUUCUCAACUUAUUCCGACAAAAAGGCGUCUAUUAUAGAAAGAUUUAAUAGAACUCUCAAAGAAAAAAUGUGGAAGAUGUUUACCUAUCAAGGUGAUCAUAAAUGGACAAAAAUAUUGGACAAACUAGUUUCUGGAUAUAAUAACCACUUUCAUCGAGGAAUAAAAAUGACUCCUAUUGAGGCUUCAAAAACAGAGAAUGUGCAAAAAGUACACGACAAUCUUUUUCCUUCGAAAAAGCUGUUUGAGGAAUCCCCCAAAUCCAAGUUUAAAAUAGAUGACACUGUCAGAAUCACAAAAUACAAAGCUGUUUUUGCUAAAGGUUAUCUCCCCAACUGGAGUACAGAGAUGUUUAAAAUUUCUGAAGUGCAUCCAGGUGAAGUUAUCAGUUAUUCUAUUCGGGAUUUAGCAGACGAAGAAAUCAAAGGAAAGUUUUAUGAAGAAGAGCUAACAUUCUUCAACAACGUAAACGAUGAGCAUAAAAUUGAAUCGAUAUUAAAACGUAGAACAAGGAAAGGACAGAAAGAAUUGUUUGUCAAGUGGUAUGGUUAUCCUGAUAAAUUCAAUUCUUGGAUCCCUGACACUAAUCUCAAUUAA